AUGUGUGUUGACUACACCAGUCUCAACGACGCGUGCCCCAAAGACUGCUACCCCCUCCCGAAGAUCGACCAGCUGGUCGACGCAAUGACCGGUCACGCGCGACUCUCUUUUAUGGACGCCUACUCAGGGUAUAACCAGAUCAAGAUGGUGCCCGGAGACAGAGAGCACACGGCCUUCCUUACCAAUCAAGGCGUGUACUUCUACAAAGUCAUGCCGUUCGAGCUGAAAAAUGCUGGGGCCACAUACCAGAGAACGUCUCCCCGGACGGUUAAAGACCUGCAGCGACUUAACGGAAGACUUGUCGCUUUGUCUCGCUUCCUCGCCCGAUCGGGCGAUCGCUUCCUCCCAUUCUUCAAGGCGCUCAAAAGCCCGAAGAGCUUCCAGUGGACAUCAGAAUGCGAGGAAGCUUUCAAACAGAUAAAACAGCACAUGGCCAGCCUCCCCCGGCUCGCCUCCGUCUCUCCGGGUGAGAAGCUGGGCCUCUACCUGGCGGCCUCCCAACAUGCAGUCAGCUCCGUCCUGGUCAAAGAAAGCUCCGGCCAACAACUCCCAAUCUACUACGCACACCCGGUGAAGGUCAUCACCGACCAACCCCUUCGGCAGGUCUUAACAAAAUUUGAUGUGGCAGGAUGGCUCCUCAAAUGGGCGGUGGAGCUCAGCGAACAUGACAUAAGCUACUCGCCCAGGACCGCCAUCAAGGCCCAGGUGGUAGCCGACUUCAUUGCGGAGCUAACGCAGCUGGAGGACGUAGAUCUCGAGCAGGCUCCUGAAGCUUGGACCCUACACGUCGACGGCUCGGCCAACCCAAAGGGCGCCGGCGCAGGGCUAGUCCUCCUCGCCCCCGAUGGACGCUCGUUCGAGCGAUCCCUUCGCUUCGGAUUCAAAGCCACCAACAACGAGGCGGAGUACGAGGCGCUCCUAGCAGGGCUGGAGCUGGCCCUCGAGAUGCAGGUGGCCGCAAUACGCGUCCUCACCGACUCGCAACUUGUGGCCGAGCAGCUCAACGGUGGAUACGAAGCUCGGGACGCGACCAUGGCAAAAUAUCUGGCACGGCUGGCGUCGAAAUCGAUCUCCGAAGCAUGGCCAGGGGUCGAGGAGCUCCCCGCCUGCGCCGUCGAAAUAGCAGCUACAGCCCCAAGCGGCGCGCCGACCACGUGGGUACAAGAGUUGCUGCGCUUCAAGCAAGAUGGAACCCUCCCCCUCGACGAAGUCGCGGCUCGGCGCCUACAACGUACGCACGCAUGGUACACCGUGGAGUGUGGCCGCCUCUACAAACGGUCCUUCACCUAUCCCCUCCUGUGGUGUUUAGAGCCUGACGAAGCCCAGACGGUUCUAACUGAAACCCACGAGGUGGUAUGCGGUGAGCAUAUCGGCGGGCGAACAUUGGCGCACAAGAUACUCCGUCAAGGCUACUACUGGCCGACCAUGUGCUUGGACGCCAAAGCCUACGUUCGACGGUGCAGUUCGUGCCAGCAGCACGCCCGCGCACCCAGACAGCCCGCGGUUCCGCUCAGUCCCAUCGACUGCGCGUGGCCAUUCGCGCAGUGGGGUUUGGACCUGCUCGGACCCUUCCCACCAGCCUCUGGACAGCGGAAGUACAUAAUUGUGGGGGUGGACUAUUUCACGAAGUGGGUCGAGGCCGAACCACUGGCCAUCAUCACAGACAAUGGACCUCAGUUUGCCGGCAGAAGAUUCCGAGAGUUCUGUGCCGAUCAUGGCAUCCAGCUGAGGUUCAGUUCGGUGGCCCAUCCUCAGACCAACGGGCUAGCGGAGGUGACCAACCGGUCCAUCCUGGAUGGACUCAAAAGAAGAGUGUCCGCAGCCCGAUCGAUCUGGACAGAAGAGCUCCCCAGCGUGCUAUGGUCGCUGCGCACCACUCCCAAAACUGCAACCGGAGAAUCCCCAUACAGCCUCACGUUCGGAACUGAGGCUGUCCUGCCACCUGAGGUAGCCACCACCACCCUCCGGACACGAAGCUACGACGAAAAGGCUUCGGAUGAAGGACUUCGAGCAGCCCUCUAUCUGCUGGAAGAAUGGCGCGCCAGCGCACUUGUAAGAGCCCUCUCGUACAAAAGGGCGGUCGCAAAGAUUUACAACCGAAGGGUGCGACCCCGGCACAUCAGGCUAGGCGACCUGGUCCUGCGAAGGACCAAAGUCAGCGACCCGACCAGGGCAAGAGGCAAGUUAGCUCCAAACUGGGAAGGCCCAUACCGGGUGGCCGAAGUCAUCAGAAUCGGAACAUUCCGACUCACCACAAUGAUGGGCCAUCCCCUGCCAAGGACUUGGAACGCCCAAAAUCUCAAAAAAUACUUUCCGUAA